UCAAAUAUAUUAUCCUCUUGACUCUAUUUUGCGUAAAAGACUUUUCUUCCUCCAGAAGUUUCCUUUUUCUUCUAUAUUAAAUCUUCUUUCGCACUUGUAGAUUCACGAGUUUGUCGGAUAGAUCCAUCUUUAGUUUUUUUUACUCGGGUAAGCAAAGAUUUGAUUCGUUUUGUUUCACCAAUCACAAAGUUAUGUUUAUGCAGUUAUCAAAAAAAAAAGUUAUGUUUAUGCUCCAUAUAUACAGUCCAUAGCUUAAUCUUUUGACCCAUGAUAUUUGUUUUUACAUAAAAUUUUUGGUUCUAUAGACCAUCUAAUCGAUUUCUUGUCUUUUACAAAAGUUGAAGGCUUGCUCAGUUAGGAAUGUUUACCUAGUACACCACAAGAGUUGCACACGAUGGUUCAUGAUCCAUGACCACGACCAGCCGUAAAAACACACAUUGGUGUAACACUUGUAGACGAGGAGUCCGUCUUCAAGGAGAGGGCAGAAGAGGAGGAGCUUGCAUUCACUGUGGUGACACCUUUCUUGAAAGGCUAUAUGAGAACGUGGAACUAAGCCCUUUUGAUUUCUUUGGUUUAGCCUUUGAAGAAGCUCGUAACCGUGGCAACAACAGAAGAUCGGUUCUUGGAGGAGACCAACUAAGUUUCGAAGAGCUUUUUAACCGGCUCUCAGCACAAGACCGUCGUGGUCCUCCUCCAGCGUCACUAACCGCGAUCAGCUCGUUGCAAAAGAUCAAAAUUAGGCAGAAGCAUCUCGGUUUGGAUCCGUAUUGUCCGGUUUGCCAAGACCGGUUUGAAAUCGGAUCAGACGCAAGAAAGAUGCCGUGUAAACAUGUCUACCACUCGGAAUGUAUAGCCCCGUGGUUAGUCCAGCGUAAUUCUUGCCCGGUGUGUCGCAAAGAACUGCCACAAGACCGGAAUAAUGGCUGGAAAAGGCCAUUGAUGUAUCUGUGGCCGUUCAGGUCUUCUGGUUUGGCCUAAACCCACAAUGGAUCACCUUUCCACUGAGAUGCUUUUGUAUUAUAAUCCAUGUUAGUAUAUACUGUUAUUUUUUUCUAAAUGUGGCUUUUCAACAUGUAGGUUUUGUAGCUACAUUGUAGUCUUACUCUUAUGUAAUGUAUUAAAAUACAUUUGUUUAUUUUGUACUAUAAACAAUUUUGAAUAA